UCUAAACCCAUGUGGAGAGAGGAGCCAUGAGAUGAAAAAAAUUGAGAGGAGUUGGAGGAAAUAUGACAGUGAAUAUCGGAACAAGUACCAAAUAAGCAACAAGUCACCAGAUUGGAAGAUAUGUACAAGUCCACAUGCUCUCCAGAGAGAUUCAUUCAACUGUGGAAUAUAUUGCCUUGUGUUUGCAGAGAAGCAUUUAAAUGGACACUUGCAUGAUCUACAAAGUAUAACUAAAAAAGAUCUACAAAACAUGAGGAGAAAAGUAGCUUUAGAGUUGAUGCUUUACAAAGUUAACUUGACAGGAUGUUGCCCAAAAUGUGCUAAAAAAAUUGAAAAUGAAGAAAAGAUUGAAUGCAGCAUGUGCCAAAGAGCCUACCACUUUAAGCCUUUCUGCAUUGAAGAGGACAUGGAUGUUGAAGAAUUCACAGAAUUUAAAUGCAGAAUGUGCAGAAUAAAUUUCUGGGGAAAGGAUGAAGCUGACUUGGAAUCUGUUAACAAAGAAGCUGCCAAG